AUGGCGGACCAAACUCACUAUGCUACGCGCGGAAGUGCCUCUUACACCAGGUCCAUCGGCAUCAGCCAGCGGGUGACUCCUCUGGCCAUACCGUGGACCGGUGAGAUGCGCACGAGGUUCUCAGACUUUCAAGUGAACGAGAUCAAGGAGGAUGGUUCUGUUCUUCAUCUUCAGCAUAUUGGUAUACCUGACGAGGAGGCUCCCGUUCAAGAGACAAAACAGGAGACCAAGACAGAGACAUCAAACGGAGACUCGAAGAAAGAGGAGACCAAGGAGAAUUCUGAGAAGCAGGCUAGCGAAAACACAGAAGCCAAGCCCGCCGCGCAACCUGAGCAGACCUACGAUGUCUCGCCUGAAGACGUGGCCACUCUUGAAACUCUAACCGAUCAGCGCUUUACGCAGGAGCUCGUGGAGCUAUACAAGGCCGGCCCAGGCGCUGAUCACGAGAAGAAGAAGUCUGUUACCUCGGAACCUAUGGACGAUAGGCCCAAGCGUGGCCAAGUACACCAGGAGAUCCGUCGCAUCUUCAGGUCUCGGAUAGACACCAACACGACUGACCUGGGCGCCAUUGUCGCAACGUUUAUCCCUCCACGCAAGGGCAACAACAAGAAGCGCAGCCGUGCCCCUCGGGGCAGCCGCGAGGAGAAGCCCGCCGGCGAGUACCUGCACUUCACCUUGUUCAAGGAGAACCGCGACACCAUGGACGCCGUCAACCAGAUUGCCCGGUUCCUCAAGGUCAAGCCCCAGGUCAUUGGAUACGCCGGCACAAAGGAUCGCAGAGCUUCGACGGUGCAGCGAUGCUCUGUGCGCUACAUGCGGCCCAGAAACCUCCACGGUAUCAACGGACGACUCUGGGGUGUGUCGACUGGAGAUUAUGAAUACAGCGACAAGCCGAUCUACCUGGGCCAGCUUCUCGGAAACGAAUUUGUCAUUGCCAUCAAGAGCUGCCAAAUGGUCGGCCAAGCCGAUGAGUCUAUUGAGCAGCAAGUUGAGAAAUUGAAGAAGAAUGUCGAGCCCGCGCUCGCUCACAUGGCUGAGCACGGCUGGAUCAACUACUUUGGUCACCAGCGCUUCGGAACCCAUGAUAUCGGCACACACCAGGUUGGACAGAUGAUCCUGGGCGACAAGUACGAAGAGGCCGUCAAGGCGCUUCUUCACUACGACGAGGAGAUCGCAAACAAGGCAGAGGCAGGGGAGAUCCCCGAGGAGCCCUCCAAAAGGGACGAAUACCUCCGGAAUCAGGCCUGCAUGCUCUUCCUCACGGACAAGGACGUGGAUAGAGCCAUCAAGAUCAUGCCUCGUCGCUUCUCGGCUGAGAACAGCAUCUUUAGACACCUGAACCGACAGGGUGCUCAGUCGCGGCGCGACUUUAUCGGCUCCCUUGUCCACAUCACCCGCGGCCUCCGUUCCAUGUACCUCCACGCCUACCAGUCCUACGUCUGGAACCACGCUGCCAGCCGUCGUUGGGAGCUCCACGGCACCAAGGUCAUCACUGGCGACCUCAUCAUCGCGCCGACCGAGAACACGCCCCUCGUUAGCGGACAGGACCAGGACGGCGACGACAUUGUGAACCCAGUCGACGAUGAUGACGACGCUCCUGUGCGCGCCCGCCCUCUCACCGCCGAAGAAGCCGCCAGCGGCAAGUACACCAUCUUUGACAUUGUCCUCCCUACCCCUGGAUACGACGUCGUGUACCCCGACAACGACAUGGGCACCUUCUACGAAGAGUUCAUGGGCCGCCCCGAGAACGGCGGCCUCGACCCGCACAAGAUGCGCCGCAUGCGCCGCGAGUUCAGCCUGCCCGGCCGGUACCGCAAGAUCAUGAACCGCUUCCUCGGGACGCCCUCGGUCGAGGUGCGCGCCUACUCGGACGACACGGAGCAGAUGCAUCCCACCGACGUGGACGUCAUCAAGGCUGCCAAGGGUGCCAACAGGAAGCGCUCUCGUGAGGAUGCCGACUCUGAGUCGGCCGCCAAGAAGACCAAGGUUGAGGGCGAGUCAUCGGCGUCUACGGACGUUGAGAUGAAGGGUACGGACGCGGAAGAGGGCAAGGUAGAAAGUGCCCAUACCGCUGAGGAUGCUGCUGAGAAGGCUCCCGCCGCCCAGCAACCCAUGAAGCUUGCUGCAGUUGUCAAGUUCCAGCUGGGACGUAGUGCUUAUGCUACCAUCGCGUUACGAGAACUCAUGGGUGAUCCCCCGGAGGAGACAACUACAGAGGCAUAG